AUGGAAGCUGUUCUCGUGGGCGUUGCCACGGGGGUGAUGAAGCCUCUCCUCUCCAAGCUCUCCACGCUGCUGGAGGAAGAGUACGCCAAGCUCAAAGGUGUGCGCCGUAACACCAGAUUCAUACGAGAAGAGAUGACCACCAUGAGUGCUACUCUCCAGAUGCUUGCAGAUGAACCAGAGCUCAAUCCUCAGAUGAAAGAAUGGAGGGACAAUGUUCGUGAGCUGUCCUACGACAUGGAAGAUUGUGUUGAUGAUUUCAUGGCUCGAGUUGACCGUAAGCCCGAUGGAUCUUCGGGUCUCAGGACUGUCUUUGACUGGGUCAAGAAUCUCAAACCUCGCCAUGAGAUCGCCGGCGAGAUCGAACAACUCAAGAUCCGUGCAAUUGAAGCAAGCAAGAGGAGAAAAAGGUAUGAAUUUAAGCAACUGCCGACGACCCACUCUAGCUCUUCUGCAAUUGAUCCAAGGCUGGAAGCGCUUUAUGUGGAGACCGACAAACUAGUAGGUAUCGAAGGUCCUAAGAAGGAUAUCGUUGAGUGGCUUAAGAAGAAAAGUUCUUCCACAGAGGUUCAAGUGGUGUCAAUUGUUGGUCCCGGUGGUCUUGGCAAGACCACUCUUGCAAACCAAAUCUUCGCUACCAUGAAAGACAGAAGAAAACAGCACUUUUCAUGUGCAGCUUUCAUUUCGGUUUCUCAAAAGCGCGAUAUGAAAGAUGUUCUAAGAGAAAUUGCUGACAGGGUGGGGAUCACUCACAACACAUCAAAUGAUACUGCAAAAACACUCACUGAUAGACUCCAAGAACACCUCCAAUACCACAGGUAUUUCAUUGUAAUCGAUGACAUAUGGGACACAAAAGAUUGGAAUACAAUCUGGUCUGCAUUGAAGAAUAAUAAUUAUGGGAGCAGAAUUAUCACCACAACACGUAAGAAAGAAGUAGCAUCACAUUCUUCUUCUCGGGGCGGUUAUUUUUAUGAAAUGGGAUACCUUGGAAUUGCAGACUCCAAACGGUUGUUUUUUGAAAGAGCAUUCGGUUCUCAGGAUUUAUGCAAUCCAGGAUAUCCUCACCUAGAAGAGAUAUCCAAUGAUAUAUUGGAAAAAUGUGCUGGUCUACCACUCGCUAUUAUUACCAUGUCAAGUUUGCUGGCCAAUCAAAAUGCAGAAAAGGAAUGGAACAGGGUGCUAGCUGCUAUUGGUACUGCACUUGCAAAUCAUCCUAAGGCUGGGGACAUGAAAUUGAUAUUAGAUUUGAGUUACUUUGAUCUUCCUCACUAUUUGAGAACUUGUCUGUUGUACCUGAGUCUAUUUCCUGAAGACCAUAUAAUUGACACAAAAUGUUUGAUCAGUAGAUGGAUUGCCGAAGGAUUCAUUCCCAAAGAGCAAGGCCAAAGCUUAUAUGAAGUGGGCGAGGGUUAUUUUAAUGAGCUCGUCAAUAGAAGCUUGAUACAGCCGGUUGAUGUAAAGUAUGGCCAGGUGAUGGCCUGCCGGGUCCAUGAUAUUGUUCUUGAUUUCAUCACUUGCAAGGCUAUUGAAGAGAAUUUCGCCACUCCAUCAUAUGAUGUAGGUGCUUCAAUUGUUAGUGUUCGCAGGCUUUGUGUCAGGAAUCGCAGGAGCGAAAAGUGUACCAUACCAACAACCCAUCAAUUCUCUCAUGUUAGAUCACUGUCUGUAUUUGGGAGUUUCGUAGAAAAUUCUCUGUCGGAUUUCCCAGCUCUUCGUGUGUUGGACCUAGGAGCCUGCCCAGAUUUGGAAAAUUACCAUCUUGCAAAUAUCGAGAAGUUGUUUCUUCUCAAGUACUUGCGCCUCAGUUCAUCCAGAAUAACUGAACUCCCGAGAGAAAUUGGAGAACUUCAGUACUUGGAAACACUGGACAUACAAGGUACCAGAAUAAUGCUACUGCCAUCAACUAUUGCACGGCUUCAGCAAUUGGCCCGUCUAUACAUUCCUCAAGAUGCUAUAUUCCCAGUUGAAAUAGUGGGGCAGCUCCUGAGCUUAGAAGAUCUAUAUUAUCUUAAGGUCAACUCAUCUGAAGAAUGGAAGUAUCUACAAGAAAUCGUUCAGCUGACCAAGUUGAGGACACUGCUAGUAACAUUUGAUGGAUUAGCAUGGAUGCAUUCCGGAGGAGACAUGGAUCUUCAAAGUUAUGUGACCACUUUAAUAGCUUCAUGCAAUCUUGAGAACCUAUAUAUAAGUUACAGUCUUGAUAAUUGUAUUCCUUAUCGUCUCCCACUCUCACUUGAAACACGGUGUCCUACUACAGUUUGUAGCUUCAAGAAGCUCCGCUUCAGUUACUGUUACAUCAGCAAGAUACCAGGUUGGAUGAGCUCGUUUGGUAAUCUAUGGGAAUUAGAGUUCUCCAUCUAUCGUCUGAGUUCAGAAGAUGUUGCAAUCCUUGGAGCAAUACCCACUUUGGUGUUUCUCAAAGUAAAUACUUUCUACGGCAGAUAUGGGACCAUCUUCAUCCGUCGUGGCUUCACAAGUUUGAAAUCUUUCAACCUGGAGAUCAACUGCUGUGGCACUGCGUUAGAAUUUGAAGCGGGAUCAAUGCCUAAGCUUGAGCACCUCGAACUUCAAUUGAAGCCGCAUAAGGCGGAGUGCCUGAAUGGUGCUGUUUCUGACUUUGGCAUCCAGUACCUGUCCGCGCUCACCAACGUAAAGGUCAUUAUUCUUGUGCGUUCUGAAACUGCAGAGGAGGUCGUAAGCCUUGUCGAAAAAGCCGUUGGAACACUUCCCAACUACCCCGCUCUCUCAUUCUUCAGUCGAAGGUAUGACGGGAUGAACCAGAUAUCCAACAACCGUCAGACUGGCGCAGAGGAUAAAGAACAAGCAAUAGCUGGAGACACUUUCAGUUCCUUCAUGGGUCGAAUGGUUCAAGAGAUUAAUCAAGAUGCGUACGACAUGUCACGCUUGAGGAUGCAAUAG